AUGGAAUACGUAGUAGGAACAGGUGCACCGGAUUGGCUGCAUCUUGUGUCAAAUGGUGCGAACUUUUCUCAACGACACGAUCUCCACUUGAAUGCAGGUGUUCCCGGAGCGGUUCAGCCACAAUAUUUGUUUGAUUGUGGUUGGGGCCAUUUGAAAGAAAUGUCGCCGCAAGAUGCACGAAGAUCUUCCUCAUCGGCCUCUCCUGGAGAAUACGACAGUGUGUCGUCAUGCAACAGCCAUCAGUUCGGAUGUUCAUUGCUGUGUAAAGGAAUGAAAGGUGCUUUGGAAGAGGAAAAAGACUGCAGUGACUCAAACACCUUAGAGUUAUCUCUGUUUCAUAGCGGCAUGGUCGAUGAAUUGCUCCAUGAAACUCCCUUUGAACAACCUCCGCAUGCGGCUGCGAUGGAUACCGUUGCUGAUGUUGCUACACAUCCCUCUGCGCUUUCUCAGGUGGGCGCCGCCCCACCCACAACCCUUUGUGGGCUCUUCAGCAGUGACAAGACAUGGGUAAAUGAAUCUCUGUCCAGUGCUGUAUGGGGAACGUCCGUGCCCAACUUGAAGAGCAAUGUUGUUUCACAUUUGGCGCCUGUGCGGGAGUUUACUGGCUCUUGCAACACCGAGGUUGCUCUUUCUUACUGGCCGAAGACUGGUACGCAGGCACCCUCUCACGCUUUGGUGGGAACGACACACGAUACGGGGCGGUGUUCUUCCUUACCGAAAUGUGCUCCCCCUUCCUCUCAGAAACGACGGUCCAUCGAACAGCUUAUGGCGCAGUUAACUACAGACACAGACGACGCUUCUGCAACGAGGGAUGGCUCCCAUUUGACGGCAAUAUUAAAACAACCGAAUGUAAAGGCCACUUCGUUUGAUUGCCCUUCCGUGGAAGGACAACGAAAAGAUUUUCUCGAGGAACUGCUUGCGAAAAGCAGAACUUUAAACCGAAGGGACUGUUCACGUGGCACUUGCUCAAAUGUAUCACUUCUUGACUGCGGUCGACGACCGUGUUGCAGGCCGCCGCUCGCCGUUGGCUGUUCACCUCUCUCCUCACCCCUAGAAAGUGGACCUGCGAUAGAGAGUUUUGUGACCGAGAGUGACGAUGGUGGGCGCUCCACUGCUGUCCCAGCUUGGCUGGGAAGUACUGUGAUGGAUUCGCUGCGAACAGUGCGCAGCAGUGACUACCAGUCCGGCCAGUCUUACCAUUUGUGCCAGGAUCCCACUCAUGAAUUUGUUUUGAAUCGAAGCACUCUGAGUGGCUUCUACCGCAACUCGUCCCAUAGUCGUUGCGUGGGGGGUAUUAUUGAUGAUUCAUGCUUCACUGCACUCAAAUCAGCAGAGGAAUGGCCGCCUCGAACAAAAGACGAUGCGUCGAGACUGUUAGGGCGGCUUCAAGCGAAGGAGCUCUUGCAACAUCUUGUUGUCGUGAGCUUCUCGCGGAAGCACACUGAAGAUGUAUUGCUGUUGUUUGGCUCAUGGAAACGCAAACGCAUCACCCCACCGGAUGUUCAGUUUGGACUUUACUACUGGUACACGAUUAAAUGGAGAAACGAGAGGUUGUGUUUAAAGCAUAACGGCUGUGGACCUGCGGCAGGAAAAAACCGAGGGUGUGUCUACGCACUGAGGGGAUCUCACCGUAAAUGUCGCUACCCUCAUAAAUGUUUGUUCUGUGGGGCAGGGGAUCAUGGUUGGGUUGAAGAGGACCGCUGUAGCCGGUACUUAAGCCUCCAGGGAGAAAUGAAAAGGUUGGGUGUGACAAACGAUAUUGCAUCAGUUCUCCUGAACGCAAUUGAAUGCGAGAAGUAG